AGAGAAGCCGGCCGACCCCACAUAUUUUCUGUAAAUUCCAGAAAAUCUCACCCCCUCUUUUGUACUUCCAUUUCCCCUCACUCCAUGUGCUCCGCUUCAUCACCUUCCGCUGGCAAUUUUCUCUCUCCUCCCUUCCCACCUUCUCUGAUCACUCCAUGUGAAAACUCUCCAAAACAAAAACAACUCAACCAUUUUACCAUUAUACGGAGUAUCGAUUUUCUCUCUCCUCAUUUCUGCACUUUCUCAAGAAUGUUCAUUGAAUGAAUGUCUUAACCACCAUGAAUUCUUGAGCUUUUCUUCCUCUCUCCACUUCAAUCGAGUUUUUUUCUGUAUUAUAAAUUUUUCAUCUUCACCAAUGGAGUCGAGUACUCGUCUCGAUUACGUCCUCUUCCAACUCACUCCUACUCGAACAAGGUGUGAAUUGGUUAUUUUCGCCGGGAAAUCGAAUGAGAAGCUAGCAUACGGUCUAUUAGAGCCGUUUAUUGCGCAUUUACGAUCUGCGAAAGAUCAGAUUUCGAAAGGUGGUUACUCAGUCACACUUCGGCCGCCUUCUUCUGUGAAUUCUCACUGGUUUACUAAAGGAACUGUACUGAGGUUUGUGAGAUUUGUAAGUACACCUGAGGCUUUGGAGCGUUUUGUGACGAUUGAGAGAGAGAUUUCACAAUUGGAGAAUUCGAUUAAAUCGUACGAGGCGCCGAACGCGGCUGAUGGUGGUGUCGCCACUGAUAUUGAAGGAAAUGCAACUGCUUCAGGUGUGUCAUUUAAGUCAAAAGGUGAAUCCAAUGAAAGCAGUGAAUUUGCACAGGAGGAAAAUUCAAAGGCCCGUCUGCAGCGUGUGUUGGAAACACGUAAAGCAGUUCUACGGAAAGAACAAGCUAUGGUUUAUGCUCGAGCUCUAGCGGCUGGCUUUGAAAUAAAUAAUUUGCACGACCUUAUUUUAUUUUCUGAUGCUUUUGGAGCUUCACGUUUGAGGGAAGCUUGCAUAAAUUUCAAAGACCUGUGCAAGAAGAAAAACGAAGACAGACUUUGGGUGGAUGAGAUUGCUGCAGUGCAGGCUAUGGUGCAGCCAGAAUUGACAUUCUUGGGGACAUCUGGAAUUAUUCUUGCUGGUGAAGAAAAUAAUCCCUCCCAAGGUCUCAUGACUGCUGGGAAGCAGAACGGAAGCACAGACGUCUCACUGUCUGAUUCUAUGACUAGUCAUGGAAGUUUGGAUGCAAACCAAGAUUCUCAGACUCCGCCAACUGAUGCAAAAGCACAAAUACCACAUCCAUGGGCCCAACAAUUUCCGCCAUACCUUCAUAACUUUCAGGGUCCCAUGUAUCAGCAGAUGUCCCCCUAUCAAGGCUAUGGCUUCAACGGCAUGCAGGUUGCCCCUCCAUAUUACCCAGCAAAUAUGCCAUGGCCUUCCGAUGUUAAUGGAUCUGCUGAUCAUGAAUCACAUGAUCGCCGUGAUCGCAAAUCAUCAUCCAGGAAGAAGGGAAAAGCAUCUAAUGCACGGGGAUCAGAGAAGGAAGAUCGUGAGGAAUACACAGAGUCUAGUGGAUCUGGUUCUGAGACAGAUUCUUUAUCAGAGCGGUCUCACAGGAAAAAGCAUGGGAAAAAAGGUUCAAGAAAAGUUGUUAUACGUAAUAUUAAUUACAUUACUUCCAAAAGAGAUGGAGAAAAGGAUGGUUCUUCCGAGACCGAUUCCUCUGACGAUGAUGAAUAUUUGAAUGGUGAUUCCCUCAAGCAGCAGCUGGAGGAAGCAGUUGGGUCCUUUGAGAAGCAUAAGAAGUCAACCUCUCGCCAUCACAAAAAACGAAAUGGAUCCAAGCACCUCAGUUCUGUUAAUGGUUCUGCCGACCAGGAUGAUGAAGAUGUUCAUGUGAAGAAUAAAAAUGCGAAUAAAGGAAAUGAAAAUUGGGAUGCUUUGCAGCACCUUCUAAUGAGGGAGGAGUCAGAGGCUAACAAUCCUCAGCCACAUCCAGUGUUGGAUGAAGAGAAAUAUUUACCAACAGAGAGAUCUCAGGAGCUGAAUUCAUCUGCAUUCAAGCCAGAAGCAGAGGGGAGAAUAAAGCAGAAACCAAAUGCUACUGAUGCUUUUCUAGUAACAGAAAAGGGUGGAGGAAAUGAUGGUGAUGCAGGUAGAAGAAUAUCAGAUCAAGGCUUUGACCCCAGUGAAAGUACUCUCCCAGUAAUGAAAAGGGGUAGCGCUCCUGAGGAAUUCCUAUUUUCGCAAAGAAGUGAAGAACCAGAAAGUUAUGCACGCGUGCCUCUGUCUGAUGAUGCUGCUCAUUCUUCCAUGAUCAAAAGCCAAACUAGUGAUGAUUGGUUUGUUGGUAAGCAAUCAGAUGAAGCAGAAAACCGGGUUGGAAACAACCAUCUCAGGUUUAUUGAAGGAGAUUAUGUCAGAUCUUCAGCUGAUCAGAACGAGAGGAAAAAUAAAAAUGUUAUCCUGGAUGAUUCUCUCAUGAUUCAGGGGCGAAUAACAGAUGACCACUCUGAAUCACAACUGAAGACUGAUAUUAGUCUCGUUUCUGAUAUGGUUGAGGCCACUCUUUUUGAAAAUGGAACAGCUUUAUCACAGCAAAAAUCUGAAUCACUUAGUUACUAUGAACCGGAUGCUAUUUACAUGGUUCGUGAUCACGAUGCAGUUGUGGAACACAUAGUACCAUCAUGGAGUCCUGAGCUAGAUUAUGAAAAUUAUAUGUCAGUGAAUGACGCUGCUAAGAAGUCAGAUGUAGAUGCAUGUAUAGACUCAAACUUGACAUCUAAUGAAAAAGGCACUGACAAUAAAAACAGCGGGAAAGCUUCGACCAAGGACCCUAGAUCAAGAACCUCGGUUGGAUCUUUGAGGAAAGCUAAACCUGAGACUACACCAGGAACUAAAAGGUCUACAUUUGGCAGUAAAACAACUACUCCCAAGACCCAACUUGAGAAGGAUGAAGAGAGAAGAAAGAGAAUGGAAGAGUUGGCUAAUCGAAGGCAAAAACGAAUUGCUGAAAGGAGUUCUGGUAAUGGUGGUAAUGUGGUGACAUCUAGAAAGCCUCAAGCUGGAAGUAAACCAGUUACAGCUACCCUUAGCUCUGACAAGUCAAAACCUAAGCCCAUUCUCAGGAGUUCAACCAUUGAACGGCUUGCAGCUGCGAAGACAUCUCCGAAACCCCCAACCGCUCAAUCGAAGAAAGAAGCUCCGAAGGUGAAAGGUGCUAAUAUGAAUAGUGAAUCACAGAAGACUGCCAGUUCAGAUGCCAAGAAAGUGAAUGCAGACAAAAACAAGCCUUCACAGAAGAAAGCUGUCGUUGAAAAUAUAAAUGGGGUAAGUUCAUCAGUUUCAGAAGAUAAGGAAGUAAAGGGUACUAAACAAAUUGGCGCUCCAACACCAACAAUGGGGGCCACUAUGCAAGGAGUACAUGUAUCCCAUGAGGUCGAGGAUCCAAAAGACAUUAAAGAGCUCCAUGUUACAUCUUCAAUCAUCAGUAAGGAUGUUGAAAUAGUAGCACAUAUCAAUACUUCAGAUGAAAAGGUAGGCAACCUUCUUGAAGAUCAUCCUACAAUUUUGGAUUCUGUCAAGGAAAAAAAUGAUAAUAUAUCUGAAGAAUCUUUCUCAUUUCCAAAAGUGGAAAAUGUUUCUGAUCAUCAUAUUAAAUCUGGUCCAGAAUUGAGUAUCCACCCAUUGCCAGAGUCGCCUCCCAAACAGUUGGGUUCUGCUUUAAUUGUCGAGGAGCAAGCUACUACUAAAACCGGGAAUAGUCCAGGAUUUACAGAAAUUUCUGAGAUUGAAGAAUCCACUCCCCCACCAACUUAUGAAAUGAAUGUAGAUCCCAUCCAGAGGAAGAAAUGGGAUGGUGCUGAAAACUCUCCAAAAUCUUCUAAAGGUUUCAGAAAGCUUCUCAUGUUCGGUCGAAGGAAAGAAUGAAAGCAUCACAAAGUUGUAAAGAUAAUAUUUAUACACUGCUUUUGAUGGUUCUCUCAUGUGCAUACUGCAGAUAAUAAAGGAAGGGAGCGAGGGUCCCUUGCUGCAUAUUUUUUAUCGCUCGGCUAAUUGUAUGGCAUACGGAUCUCCAGUUCCACAUAUCAACUUUUAGUGCCUGCUGCCUGCUUAGUUUGAAGACCAUGUGAAAUAUAUAUCCAGGUGUGAGUUAUCUAGUUUAAAUCCUUUAGGCUAUAGUGUGUGCAUAACAUGUCUUGAUCUAGUACAUUAUUCAACUUGAUUCUUUUUAAAAUUUGUUUGGGGCUUGGUAUUCUUUGGGUUAAUAUAUUUGUAUGUACUUGGUUUAUAUACCUCUUUAAUGCAAUGUUUUUUGAAUA